AUGGACAAAUACAGGGUGUGGAAUCACAGUCAGGCUGGGGGAUUCUUAGAUGACGACUUGUCGGGAUCUGGAUUCAUUCCCGAAGAUGAAAAAGACAAUAUAGUGUCGACAGAGACGACUACCAUGGUUACCGAUUGGCUUGUGUCUACUACAGCUGAAUCGAUUACUCAUCGUGUCGUUAUUAAACUACCGUCGUACGAAAUCCCCGAUAUUGUAAAUCAUAUAAACACAACUCUAAAUAUUUCCAUAUGGCUUAGUGAUAAUUUGACGUACACAAAUAAAUCCAUUUUUGAAGAUCGCGAUCUGAUCGGGUCAUUUUCCAUUCAACAACCACUGCUUGCCAUCGUACUUACCUUGUUCGCUAUUGUGAUAGUAUUUGGGAACUCGCUGGUCAUACUUGCCGUCUAUAGGGAGCGUUAUCUGCGGACAACUACAAACUGUUUCAUCGUCUCGUUAGCUUUUUCUGAUUUAUUAAUUGGGCUUGUUGUCGUGCCGUUCGCCAUGAUAAAUGACACUAGUGGUGGUUAUUGGGUGUUUGGUACUCUGUGGUGCGAUCUAUGGCACGCUAUAGACGUGUUGGCCAGCACGGCUUCAAUAAUGAAUUUAUGUGUGAUUUCACUUGAUCGAUAUUGGGCCGUCACUUACCCCAUGAGCUACCCAACGGCCAUGACAAAACGAGUCGCGUCAAUUCUAAUUUCAUUGGUCUGGCUGGUGUCAUCCUCAAUCUCGUUUCCGUGCAUUUUAUGGUGGAAAGCUGUUGACCCCCCUGCCCCGCCCAAUACAUGCCUCUUCACGGAGGACGUUAAGUAUUUAAUAAUAUCGUCGUGCGUUUCAUUCUAUAUUCCCACCGUAAUCAUGAUAUUUACGUAUUACAAGAUAUACCGGGCUGCCACCACGCAGCUACGACACAUACGUCACGGAACAAAGCGAGUGAACGCAUCGCCGGGUGCUAGAAAAGUCAACGGCGAAGUGGAGUUGCGCAUCCAUCGUGGCGGUGCAGCUCACGCAGCUUACGGCAAGAAAAAAGGAGGGCGUGGUUUACGGAGAGACGGAAAGGGAUUCGUGGCGCUAACUGGGCGGAGAAUGUUAUCGAGGAUAAGCAAAGAACAUAAAGCCGCUAAGAUGCUGGGAAUCGUCAUGGGAGUUUUUGAACUGUGCUGGCUUCCUUUUUUUAUUACCAACAAUAUUCUGUGGGCUGUAUGCAAGACGGAUUGCGUGCAGUACCCGCAUAUAGUAAUCCCCAUCACGGCGUGGCUAGGCUACAUUAACAGUGCAUUUAAUCCUAUGAUAUAUGCGCGAAGUAGCCGCGGCUUUAAGCGAGCGUUCAAACGGAUUCUUUGCAAGUGUGUGCCCAAACUAAAAUACCGCCGAAAGGAUGCAGUCAGCAACACAUUGGAUUUGUACAGUGUUGAUUCAUACGUGCCUGAGACUUCGUGCAUGGCAGCUAUCAUAGAUGACGAUAACCUCACCACUACUGGGAUGUGUACAGAAAUGCUACCGAAUAAAUAUCCACUACCUCAUCAGUAUUUCUAA